ACAUUCAAGGUAGAGAGCAAACUACUCGUCUCUCACACAAAAACAUUCAAAAAAGGAAUGGCAAUUGAGCGUCUUAUCAUUGUGGCGUUUAUUGUCACAACCCUUUUCUCUAUGACCUUUGCCGUUCCUGGAAUUGCCACAUAUUACACAGCGUCGGCAUGCUUUGGGUUUGAAGACCGUGGCACAAUGAUGGCCGCAGCAAGUCAGGACUUGUACGCUAAUGGAGCUGCCUGUGGAAGAAGGUACAGUGUUGCAUGCACGUCAGGCACACACGCAGAUCCAAAUCUAUGCAGGAAUGGCAACGUGACUGUGACGGUCGUCGAUCUCUGUCCCAGCUGCCCACUAUCUGGCCUCGAUCUCUCUCUUGAAGCCUUCUCCACCAUUGCUGAUCCUGCAGCUGGGAAAAUCAACAUCGACUACACUCGGUAA